AUGAACUCGCUCAACAUCAUCACCUCGCGCGUAUCGCCCGCCUCCAGCGCCUCCCCCUCCCGCACCAACAGCCUCACCUCCAUGAGCCUAGAACUGCCCGGAAUCGACGAGAAGCUCCACGACGCCCACCAAGGCGAGAGUAAGGAUGACACCGAGCCCUUUCCCGACACCUUUGAGGGAUCCCACAACGAAAAGCCUGGCCCCUCGGAGCAGACACCGCUAUUGUCCGAAGGCAAGGACGCGUCAGAGCCGUGGCACACCUCACGUGCGCAAUGGCUGCCCCGGCGCAUGCUGGCGAGCGUCAUCAACUCCCUCCGCUGGUUCCUUUCAACGCUCGCCUCUCCCGGCGUCUAUUUGAUUGCCUGCUUCUAUGACGACGAUGAUGUAUUUGCCCCCAUGUCGCAGCUUAAGAAGUUGUUCGGCGUGUAUCCCAACUCGCGGCGCAAAGAGGCCUACGGCAAUAGUGAGGCCCAUAGCAACGGUGACUCGUCCGACUACAACAAGCUGCUGGCGCCACCUGCCAACGCGCGACCAGGCACCUCAUCUUCCAUGUCCUCCGAAUCCGAAUCCGACCACUCCCUAACCCCGUCUACCCACAGCCGCCACACCCGAUCUAAAUCGCUGCAGCCCUCCGAGGAAGGCGGGCCAUCGCGCCGCUCGAUACGAAUCAAGCUCAACAACGACGAAGCCACCCGCGAACGCAAGCAGCACCGUAAGACGCAGUCCGCCGCGCCGCGCACCAAGCCGAGCGAGUACGGGCAGGAGCUCUCUGCCCAUCUCAAGUCGCCCACCUCCCCCCACGUCGCCCUGACCAAGUACCCCAAGGCGCCCGCGCCGCCGCGACCGCUGAUCCCCCGCCGACAACCCUCGUACAUCAACUUUGAGCCCUCGCGCAAGCAGCAGAAGACGCUCAUCCUCGACCUCGACGAGACGCUGAUCCACAGCAUGUCCAAGGGUGGGCGCCUCAACAGCGGCCACAUGGUUGAGGUGCGGCUCAACACAGCGUCGCUGGGGCUCGGCGGCGGCGGCAGCGGCAACGCCGGCAUGGCGGCGCAGCACCCGAUCCUGUACUGGGUCAACAAGCGGCCGUACUGCGACGAGUUCCUGCGGCGCGUCUGCAAGUGGUACAACCUCGUGGUGUUCACGGCGUCGGUGCAGGAGUACGCCGACCCUGUCAUCGACUGGCUCGAGUCGGAGCGCAAGUUCUUCUCGGCCCGCUACUACCGGCAACACUGCACGUAUCGACAGGGGGCAUACAUCAAGGACCUGAGCUCGGUAGAGCCUGACCUGAGCAAGGUCAUGAUUCUGGAUAAUAGCCCGCUGAGCUAUCUGUUUCACGAGGACAAUGCCAUUCCGAUCCAAGGCUGGAUCAACGAUCCGACGGAUAAUGACUUGAUGCACCUGGUGCCGAUGCUCGAGGGCCUGCAGUACGUGCACGACGUGCGCGCGCUCCUGGCGCUUCGCGGAGGCGAAGACAGCCAAUCCAUGGCCUAG